AUGAACAUAGGAAUAUUACCAUUCACCCGUGGCGGUAAAUUACCCUACUGGUUGCUAUUCAUCUCCAUAGUGUCCAUUUUCAACUCAUUACAAACCUAUCAGAAGGACUUGACUUUGACCAAACGAGUCUACAAUGCCAAGCCACAACAAGUAACAAACUUGUCAGCAAGAACUUUCGGAACUUGGACAUUGAUCACGUCUAUAGUGAGGUUAUAUGGAGCUUAUAAUAUCACAAAUCCACAAGUUUACCAAUUGACUCAGUUCACUUUUGGCGUGGCUGCUUUCCAUUUUUUAAGUGAAUGGUUGAUCUACAAGACUACUCUGUUGGGCAAAGGCUUAACAGGACCUUUAGUCGUGAGUAGUUUGAGUUUGGGUUGGAUGUGGUUAUAUAAAGAUUUUUACGUCUUCUGA